AUGGCCUACCUGGUGUCCCUCCCCUUAUUUGCCUUCCCGCUCCUCACCUACGAGAAGCAGCUCUCAUGCACGCUUGUCGUCCGGGACGAGCUUGUGGAUCUGCAGCGUCUGGUGCGCCGUGGCCAUAUGCUCGGGGAGCGGGAUGUCGAAGUCCUGCGUGAUUCGCGGUGGGAUGCCGUCCCCUGGGAGAAGGUCGAAGGGUUGCUUAGGUAG